UCUAUAUUCACUCUCGCUCUUUGAUUUUUUAUAUCAUAUUUGCACCCUGUGUUUAUUUAAAUAAGCUUAUACAAAAAAGGAAUUGCUGUGCUUGAACCAUGAGACUCGACGCCAAGGCACUGCGCUACAUGAGCAAUGAUGACUUCCGAGUCCUCACUGCGAUAGAAAUCGGCUCUCGCAACCACGACAUUGUCCCCGCGCCCGUCAUCGCCCAGCUAUCGCACCUGCGCGGCGGCGGUGCCAACAAACAUAUUAGCGACCUGGUGAAGCGCAAGCUUAUUGCCACAGAGACAAACUCAAAGUACAUUGGGUACAAGCUGAUUUACGCCGGGUAUGACUACCUGGCCCUGCGCACAUUCAGCAAGCGCGGCACAGUAACCUCGGUGGGAAACCAGAUUGGCGUUGGCAAGGAGGCCGAUAUCUUUGUCGUUGCGGGCGAGGACCAGAAGGAGGUUGUGCUCAAGCUGCAUAGGCUGGGUCGCCAGUCCUUCCGCAACGUCAAGCUGAAGCGCGACUACUUCCGCCAGGACCAGUCGCCCUCAUGGAUGUACAUGUCGCGUCUGUCUGCCAUGAAGGAGUAUGCCUUCAUGAAGGUCUUGCACGAGCACAACUUCCCUAACCGCCACUGCGUCGUGAUGGAGUUUGUCGAGGCAUUCCCGCUGCGCCAGAUCAGCAGCGUUGGCGAGCCCGGAAGGCUUUACUCGACCCUGAUGGACCUAAUUGUCCGACUGGCCAAGUAUGGCCUGAUCCACGGCGACUUUAACGAAUUUAACAUUCUGCUCGGGGACGACGGCGUCCCAAUCCUCAUUGACUUCCCGCAGAUGGUCUCCACCUCCCAUUACAACGCCGAGUUCUACUUCAAUCGCGACGUCAACUGCAUUCGUACCUACUUCAAGCGCCGCUACAACUAUGAGAGUGCCCUUUAUCCCAAGUUCGGCCUCGACUCCAACAAGGAGUUUGAUCUGGACGUGCAGGUUGCCGCGAGCGGUUUCACCAAGAAGGACCAAGUGCAGCUGGAGACCCUGAUGACCGAGUUUGGUUUGGAUGGCUGCGACGAAGAGCAGCCCUGCGACGAAGAGUUUGUGUACAGUGACGAUGAGAACAACGACAGCGAGGAGGAUUGUGCUGAGGCUAAGGGCGCAAACACGGACGAUAACAUUGACGACGAGGACUAUGACGACGAGGACUACAUCAUCGAACAGGACCGGCUAGGCAACACGAUCAGACGGAAACGCACGGAAGCCGAUGCACAGUAACUGUUUUUUGCGCUGUUAUUAAAUAUUAAUAUUUUUAUUUC